GUUGUGAAUCUCGAUCUUUCUUUUGUUGUUUCCGUACGAUGGGCUGGCAGAAAACCUUUACGCUUUCACAAAGAUCCAAAGGGUGUCAUCUUAUUACGGAUGAGGUAUACGCCCAGAUCACACCAGGUAUCAAGGAUGUGAAGGUUGGGAUGCUUUUCCUCUUCAUUCAACACACGUCAGCCGCGCUAACAAUCAAUGAAAAUUAUGAUCGAGACGUUCGCAAAGAUAUGGACAUGGCUCUGGAUAACAUCGUCCCCGAGAGUCUUAACUGGAUGCACACGGACGAAGGCCCAGAUGACUCCGUAUCUCACACGAAGACAUCCUUGAUCGGUGCCACCAUCUCGAUCCCAAUUACCGAUGGCCGUCUAAACCUUGGCACCUGGCAAGGGAUUUACUUAACCGAAUUCAGACACGCAGCACAUUCUAGGCGGAUUGUCGCCACAGUUUUGUCAUAGAUUGUCGGCAACACACGUAUGGAGCAAUUGCAGAUAUUCCACAGCGAUCGUAAAGACCUGUUGCAUUAUCAUGGAUAUUUAUGGUUACGUGCUAUGGUGCUUUGUCCCCUGUGGAUGAUUUAGGCUAACAUCGAUCGCUCAAAUAAAUCGAAAGACUGCCUAAACCGAUCAGGAUCUAUUAUGAUCUACAUACUCAAAGAAAGUUGACACAGCGGCAGUUCCAUUGAACGUGCG